CACCAGCAAAGAAAAAAAAAAAAGAAAUCCCAGGAGCCAGAGUCCUGCUGCAGUUGCAGAUCCACAGAUAGUCCCAUCCAAUCCAAUAGUCCAGCCACAUAGAAAUGCCGUCGCCAGGACACCACACAUCAUUCUGCUGCUCCACGGCAGGAUUUAUCGCUUGCUCAGCAAUCGUUCUGCUGUGCAGUUCCGAGGUCCUGUCCAGUUGGGAGGAGUGGUGGACAUACGAUGGCAUAUCCGGACCAAGCUUCUGGGGCCUUAUCAAUCCGCAGUGGAAUAUGUGCAACAAAGGACGCCGCCAGUCGCCCAUCGACGUGGUGCCCGACAAGCUGCUCUUCGAUCCCUAUUUGCGGCCCCUGCACAUCGACAAGCACAAGGUUUCCGGCACUCUGCACAACACCGGCCAGUCGCUGGUCUUCCGGGUGGACAAGGACACCAAGCAGCACGUGAACAUAUCCGGCGGACCCCUGGCCUACCGCUACCAGUUCGAGGAGAUCUACAUCCACUACGGCACGGAGAACGUCCGCGGGUCCGAGCACUUCAUCCAGGGCUACAGCUUCCCCGGCGAGAUCCAGAUCUACGGGUUCAACAAGGAGCUGUACCACAACAUGUCCGAGGCGCAGCACAAGUCGCAGGGCAUCGUCGGCCUGUCACUGAUGGUGCAAAUUGGCGAGACGCCCAAUCCGGAGCUGCGGAUCAUCACGAGCACCUUCAACAAGGUGUUGUAUCGAGGCUUCUCCACGCCCAUUCGACACAUAUCCGUGAGGUCGCUGCUGCCAAACACGGAUCACUACAUCACCUACGAGGGCUCCACGACGCAUCCGGGCUGCUGGGAGAGCACCGUCUGGAUUAUAGUUAAUAAGCCCAUCUAUAUCACCAAACAGGAGUUGUACCAACUCCGACGACUGAUGCAAGGCUCCGAGAGUACUCCAAAAGCUCCCCUAGGUAAUAAUGCGCGACCCGUGCAAAGUUUACAUCAUAGAACCGUAAGAACGAACAUAGAUUUUAAGCGCAACAAGAAUCAAUAUGCGUGCCCCUCGAUGUACAAGGAUAUGUACUAUCGGGCGAAUCGAUGGUCUCCGGACACGGGACUCUUGAUACGUUGACAACUGGGCUGGGAGUGCUGCGAAAAGCAAUUAUUAUUAUUGCUAUUAUUAUUAUGUGUGGUAAAUAAUGUUACAGCAAUUACAACUAUAAUGACAACAACUGGUUACAAAAACAUCAACAACUGAGGCUGGCAACGAAGCAUUUUGCAUUUUGCAUUUUUUAUGUCGCAUUCAAUUUUUAUAUUCAUGUUUACAACACGAACUCAGGAUUCGUUUGGCUUGCAAUUGCAAUAUUCCUACAGCAGCAGCAGCGGCAACACAGCAAUUUGUAUUAUUUAUUUCAUUAUUAUUAAUAAUACAACAACGGGACAAAUUUAGGUAACAAAUGCAUGCAAAAUGCGGAAAAAAUGCUUAUAGAGCGGGCAUAACAAUAGAGUAAAUUCCAUGCCAAACGCAAAUGCUAAAUUUAGCAAACAAAAAGCUGACACACAGAACCUAGCAAAAAUAGCAAAUAGCAAAUAGUAGCUGAAAAUUUGCGUAAAAAUUGUAUUGCAUACAUAUUUUUUUUGGGGAGGGGGGAAAGUAUUAGAACUUAAUUCAAUGAAAUUUAAAACAAUUCUUGUUUUGUCUUCGAUUUAUAUUUAUGCGUAAAACAAAGAGCACGAGUCUAUUAUAGUUUUUAUAGAUGGCUUAAAUUUUGCUAAAUUUAAGAGCGUUAAUUAAAUAAACCAGGAAUGUAGCUUAGUAAUCACCUGCUUUUCAAAAGAUACUUUUGUCGAACAGGAAAUCUGGUCGAUUUAAAGGCUUAGAUCUAAUUUAAAUAUUUUCGCUUCAAUGCAUUCUAUAAAUUCAUAAUUAUUUGUGAUUUGCCUCUUUGUUAAAACGCCGAUAGAAAAACAAUUCAGAAAAAAAUAGAAACAAUGUUAAAAGCAACAAACAAAAAAAGAUUGACAACAAAGUGAAAUAAGAGAAUUUCCGUAAACUGGAUGGGUGGACAAUAACUAACAAACAAAAUGAAACGAAAGGUAAACGAAGAGUUGGAGAAGAAAUAUAAACAAAUGGUAACAGAAAUUAACAAAAACGUAAAUAUUCAUAUAAAUAUACACAAAAGUAAAGGUAUCUAUAUAAAAUCAUAUAUAUACACACAUAUAUACACCACUCCAUCAGGGAAACCACAGAUAUCUUUGGAGAUUUGUAUUUGUAUCUUUAAGAUACAUACCAAAAUCACAGACAUCUUGGACAGAUGACAUCUUUUAAGGAGUUUAGGAAAACCUCUAGAGAUUUCUGUGGCUUCCCUGUAUAUAUAUACACACUAUAUAUAUAUGAAAAGGGACAGUAAAGUAACUAAAAUAAAACCAUAAACCGAACUACUAAGCAAUGCAGCCAGGAGUUGAACAAAAAUCGGUGCACUAUAUCCGAUGGCUAUGUAUAACUCCCACACCCUUAGAUACACCCACUCACAUACACCCAAAAGCAUCUAUAAACGUCUAUAUACUUGGCUUCGAAAACGAUGAUCUGGCUGGACAUCCCAUCCUCUGUAAGCGGCCAUCUAUAUAUAUCUAUAUAAAUCUAGUCACCAGUCAUGGAGUAUACAACUAGCUAAAUGGAAUGGGCUACAAAACGUAAUCUAACUCUAAAAGGCAUUAGAAUAAACUAACUAAAUAAUUGAUUAACUAGCCGUGUUGCUAACAAAAAAAAACCCAAGAAAAUCAAAUUCGAAUUAAUGAGUAAACCAAAAAACACGAUCUAUAUAUAUAUAUAUAUGUAACGACAUUUUUUUUUGGAAGACAAGCAGUGUUGUAAAGUGCUGUAAAGACAAGUAUUAUGGCUAAUGUAGAACCUAAGUUACUGAAUAGCAUUUAGCAGUUAGCACCACCUGAGUUUGUAUAAUAUACACACGAAUAUAUAGUAUACCAAAAAAAACAUAUAUAUAUAGAGUUAUAUAUAUCAGAUCCGUUCAAUUCCCACAUUCGCAGCUGUCGAGCGACACUUUGUGCAAUUAUUUCUUUGGGCCAACAACCAACCAACCAAAACUAACUAAGGAACAUACUAACUAGCCGACCAGUUAGGCCCCCCGAUUAUAUGUAGAGCAUUAACUAUUUGUAUAAAAGCUAUGGGGAUCGAAACGAAUUCCUCAACUCGGUAACACUUUGCUACGACUGUAAGUUACUAUUGUGUUGCCAUAUGAAAAACCAAAAAUAUUACAAAAAGGAGCAGAAACUAUAUAUAUACAUAUAUAUAUAUAUAUAUAUAAAUUAUACAAAUUCUAUAUAUAUGUAACUAUAAAUGCAAGAAUUACUAAGCAUAGAAUGGGCUAGCAGCAGUGGGGAGAGAAGGUAUUGUUUCCCGAGAAAAACAAAAUUGGAGAAUGCAAAACUAAUAAAUGAAAUGCGAAAGUAUUAUAU